AUGUCCGAAGAUAAACAAGCCGCCGAAUUACGGCGGUCAAUCGCUGGUCAAACCUCGGUAUUACCCGACAAGUGAAGCGUUGAACGCCAUCGACAGCCGUGAAAACAUUUCUCGGAGUUAUGACGAUGACCAAAAAUCUGCGAUUUGAAACUUUCUCAUCAAAGUAAUUCAACUCGAUUUGGUAUAAAUGAAUCUUUUGGCUUUUUUCCUUUUUUUGGUCAGAUGAACCUUGACCAAAAACAUCAACAAACACUGAUUCAUGAUAAAAAAAAAGGAGAGAGAAAGAAAAAGGCCUCCGAGAAGCAAACAGAACAACUCGAGCGUGGUCCAAGAAGCUCAAGAAUCACGAGCUUUCCUUCUUGAGUUCUCAGAAGGUUUCUUCAGGAUGGUUUCGACGUCUUCUUAACCUUCAAGCUCUGUUGGGGCGCUGAAAAACUUCUGAAAAGAAAUUUUAGGGUAUAUUGCGCACAAAUGGAUAUUUACAUUAUUUUUCGAACGCAUUUUCAAGAUUUUGAAAGAAGGUUUCACAGAGCGUCCGAAAGCUCAGUGUCUGUCCUUUAUAAAUGAAAGUUUUUACACGACUUACGGUAAUUUCCAAUUUUCACUAGAAACAUUUGAAAGUUAUACUGAGUCUUGAUCUGCCAAAUCAUGCAAUCAAUCGGCCCUUUGAACUUGGGUCGUUUUGAAUCAGGAGCUCAAACAAAAUAGAGAGAUCUCUUACAUCCAGAUUCAGAAGCAAAUCCCUGAAGACGAGUGUCGCUGUGAAUAUUACCUUCAAGUUAGGCUAAACAAUUGGAAAAAAAGAACUUCUUUCAAAACCAGUUGCCCAAAUUUUCUCAAAAUUUGUGAGAAAAAAACAAAUUUUGAAGGUUGAUUUUCAAAUAGAUUUCUCGAACAACUCCUUAUAUUGUUUUGGCUUCCUAUUUCCAGCGGGUCGCUCAAAAAAGGUCAGUUUCCAGAAAACACGGGUCGGUCUUUCACAAUUGCCGAUGAGGAUUCUCUAAUCUUCUGCCAAAAUUUCUACCAAGUUUUGUCUUUUUGUCAAAAUGCGUCCAGGAACCGUACCGUAAGCAACUGCUUUCUCAGAGUUCGCAAAAAGUUUUGAAAGUCGACAAAAAGUCGAGAAGGUCGAAAACGUCCUUUUUCGGUGAGAUUGCUGCGGUCACAGCUCCUGAGCGCGUGGUGUGUGUUUGAGUAAUCAUCUUGUGGUGGACGGGAGUCCCGCCGGUGUCCGUCCGUCGCGUGUUUGUGCAACUCACCGCCGACCGCCCUCCCUGCUUUUGCCGUUCCGCAGCUCCGCCGCCUCCAAGUCCGACUCCAUCGCCCCUUUUUGUAUAG